AUGGCUGACAACAACAACAUCCCAACCGCCGACCCUUUCCUCCUUGACGAGCUGAUCGAGGAAUCCUCCCGCGAGCUGGCUAGCCGUCGUCGGGAGGAUCGUCGGCGACAGAGGUCCGGGCAUGAGACCCGGGACACCCAGCUGGUGCAGGUCCUUCAGCAAGUCCAGAAUGUCGAUCAUGUUCCUCCCGAGGGGCACACCCAGAACGGCGGCGGCACCAGUGGGCCAGAACAUGCCCAAAAUGUGAACGAAACCGACCCCCGAGACGGGCAACAUGCCUCCUCUUUCACCCACACCUCCGAAAGGAGAAGGACCCGCCAUGUGGAAGAGGAAGAACAGCUCGAUAUUCCCGAAGAUGCUGACCCCAUCACCGUCCGACUGCUGAAAGAAAUACAAUUGACGAACAGCCUCCUCAGAAUUCAGGAUGACCGAAUUCAUGACCUGGAAAGACAGCGACGACGUCGCUCCUCUCCGAGGAAGCGCUACAGGUCACGCUCUUAUUCUUCCUCGCGCUCACCACCGAGAAGAUACCGUCGGCGUUCCCCAUCCUCUUCAAGGUCCCCACCGAGAAGACAUCGCCGCCGAAGAACUCGUUCCCGUUCUCCAGCCAGGAAGAACAGGAAGAAUCAGAAGCCUGAAACCGCCGGGCAGAAAAGCCCCUCCCCUGAAGAUGGCCGUCGAGGGCUCCCAAAGCUGCAUUGGAUGACAACCGGGGGGACAACCGGCGCAACAGGCACCACCAUUCGCCAGGUCCGAGUGACGAAGAGGACUUCCGCAGCCCUCUGUCCGGGAGCAUCCGAAGAGCUCACCUCCCUAGAGGGAUGGAAAAACCCCCAACACUGGACCAGAAAGGGGCAAUGA